CAGAAAUGGUUCUAAAAGUGCAGCACGUCAUCACACUAGUCGCGGGGUUGAGUUAAAUGCUCCUGUUGGUCAUAUUGAGACGUGGCGUCUCCGUCAUUGGCAUCCAGAACGUGGUUGGGUAUCUACAGAAGCCGAAACUAAAUAUGAAGAAAUGAUGGAAAUGAGAAGAGAAAAAUCACCUGAAGAUUUAACUGAUAAACAAAUAUUAGAGAAGGUGCUUGGACGAGAAUCUGUUCGUCUAUUUGGCUGGGGACGGUCUCCCACUGGGUCUAAAAGAAGCAGAGGUGAUUCAAAUAUUCCAACUUAUACUCAACUCUUGGAUCGUGUUGGAGAGCUUUCAGGCACUGUUGAAAUGAUGAAAAAAUUGUUAAUUGAGAAGAAUAUUAUGCUUCCCACGUCACAUAUUCCUUCAGAUCAUUCUUCAGGUGCGCUUAAUCGUGGGUCAUCUUCAAUUGGUCGAGGCCAGCAUGUUGACGGCUAUGAGGACUCAACUUCUGAAUAUGAUGAUAUUGUGUAGAAGCAAAAUUCAUAUUAGACCUAAUACUUUGUAGUACGU